AUGCAGCUCCAGUUUGAGAAUAUGAAUAAGCGAAGAGAUGGUCAAAAAGAGAUUUACACUCACUUCACAUGUGCCACGGAUACCAACAACAUUCGGUUCGUGUUUGAUGCCGUCACGGAUAUCAUCAUUCGUGAGAAUCUGCGCCAAUGUGGCCUGUUCUGA